AGAUUGUUGAUGCGAAAAUCAGAUCAGAAAUCGCGCUCUCACAAUGAAACUGUUCGACCUGUUGACAGAGUUCUGGAUGAGUGAAGUGGAAGUGCCAUGUCAUGUCGUAUGUGUGACUAAUAACAGCUCGGGUAAACAAUGAUAGUCGGCAAUAGAUAUAGCGGGAGAGCCCUCCCCUCUGGUUAGUGUGGUGCGUUUUGUCGCUUCGGCAGUGUCAUUAAUAUCAGAAGCAAAAUUUCCGGUUUACCGAUAUGGGAUUUCUUAAGGGAACAAUGUGGGGAGCGAGGAGUUCUCAACCAGUACAUGGCAGCGAUAUCAGGUUCCUUGUGUUACACAAUUGUUGGAGCCGCGACGGCCUGGCCUUCUCCUACCCUAACGAAGAUGGGGGACAAUGAGACACCCGUCAUCCUGGACGUUCAUCAGAUCUCCUGGAUGGUGUCUCUGAUGUUCCUGGGGCACAUAACGAGUCCUCUGCCCACCGGCUACUUGAUGGACAUCUUCGGCCGCAAGAGGACGUGUCUUUGCCUGACCGUCCUUCCCUUCACGUCCUGGCUGCUCAUCUUCUUCGCGAGUUCUCCGGUCCAUCUGUACAUCGCUCGGUUCGCGGCAGGACUCUGGAUCGGAGUGACGUCCACGAUAAUGCCCGUCUACGUGGGUGAGAUCGCCGGAACCGAGCUGCGGAGUUCUCUGACCACCAUCAACAACAGCCUCUUCAACUUCGGGGUGUUGUUCGCGUACGUGGUCGGUCCCUACGUGAGCUACUAUUCGCUAGCGAUCGCCUGCGAGAUGCUCACAGUGGUCUACUUCUGUACGUUCAUCUUGAUGCCAGAAUCUCCCCAUUUCUUCUUGAAACACGAGCAGAGAGAGGAAGCUCUUGCGUCGCUGAACUGGCUGAGGCAAGGCGAUUCCAAGGAGUCUGUCGAAAAUGAGAUCAACAGGAUAGAACAAGCGAUUGAAGACCAAAAGCUCCAGAAAGGCACACUGAAGGACAUAUUUUUCGAUGUGGGUAACAGAAAGGCUUUCAUAAUUUCUGUGACGUACGCCGUUAUGAAGAGGCUGUCAGGGUCUGGGGUCAUGCAGGCCUACACGUCCAUCACACUCCCUGACGUCACACUCGGUGUACUUGACCCAGAUACCUGCGUCAUUAUCAUCGGAACCAUCAGCUUGAUAUCAUCGGUGGCAUCGACAGCCCUCUCCAUCAAGUUCCGCAGGCGAAUAUUGAUGACAGUCUCCGGCGGUGGAUGCGCUAUAACAACAGCUGUCAUAAUGGUGUGGUUUUUCCUCCACUGCUACACCGACAUCGAUGUGUCGGACUACAGUGACGCUAUAUUCUGGUCUAGCGUUGUAUUAUACUGUCUUCAACUUGGGACUAGGACCGGUAGGAACCAGUAUCAAGGGAGAGGUGUUUUCCGGCGAACGUGAAAGCGUUGUCAUCGGCCUUGACGACCUUUUUUGUCGCUAUAUCAGCGUUUAUUGUAAACAAGUACUACUUGAUUAUUGCGGAGACUAUCGGAAUGUACGUGAACUAUCUUCUGUUCAGUGUAGCCUGUGUGUUCACGGUUAUCUU